AAGAAUUUUUUAAAGGAAAAACUUUACCGAAAUUUAAGUGGCGGGAAAUUUACUUAAAAACAAAUCUAAUUUUCUUCCACGAUAAAAUUUUGAAAGGUCUAGCAGAACGAUGCAGAGUUAGAUUCAGCAAACAUUUAUAAAUACUAUAAUGAAUUAAACCUGUUGUGUGGCACGGAAGAUAUAAAUAUUCAAGGAAGCACCACGUACAAAAAUGAAUGAACCAAAUUAGAAAUGUAACAAUCAUACACUUCUUUCUCACGUCGUUAAGAAUGUUCAAACUCUCCGAACUAGUAAGAUGGCUUGGUCUAACUGAAUUUGAAAUAAUGAUAAAUUUAUGUGGCCUCCUUGUAUUUACGGUAACACUUGCUUUACGAAUAUCUGGAAUUUCCAGCAAAGUCAUUGUGGAUUGGUUUACAGUUUUCAGUCCACUCUUCUGUAUAGAUAUUUGUAAUGCGUAUUUUUGCGUAAUCAUCGGCAUACGUAUGUAUUUGGAUUCAGACAAUAAGCGUAAAGCUCUACAUCGGUUCUUGUGGAGCACAUAUUUUUUGUUCUUGGUUGCUAUUUUCAAAUAUUUACUAUGUUUAAAAUUAACUGGACAAACUGGUUUAGAAUACAGUGAAGUUUUUUCGCCUAUAUUUGUAUUAUUGCAAUUAGUAGCUGUGCGUGCCUGCCAGUUGCCUAAUUCUAUAUAAAUUUCACAUAAAUUACAUAUAAGCAUCCGUAUAUAUUCAAAUAAGUUAUCAAGAAGUAGUUUUAAUUAUAUUUUAAUAAAAAAGACGUCUUUAAUCAGAAAUUUCAAGAACUCUGGUUGGACUUUUCAAAAUAUAUUAAUUGGCUUUGUAAAAUAUUACUAGGUAAAGCCGACUAUUUUUCAGAUUAAAUCUGUAUUUUAACUAGUGGCUAUGUAGAAAUCUGUAUGACGUCUAACAAAAGUGGCAUGUUACAUAUUUUCAAAAACUAUUUUGGAAGUGAAAGUGAGUGGCUGUGCUUAAUAUUCAAAGCUACUGAUUAAAUCUUGACUUUGUAUUACCUUUUUUCAAUACGUCUUUUUUGUCUAACACUUAUUGCAAGUAGUUGUAAAAUAUAUAUAUAAAAGAAAAUAUAAGUCCACACAAACUAAUCUAAGAAAAAUCGCCCUAAUUGAAUUAAGUACAUCAAUUAAUCCUUUAUUCAUAUAUAUCUGUUUUGUAGGUGUGUAAUAUUGUGAGAGAAACUGAAGGUUCCGAUAAAUUAAAGUGUUUUGGAAAUGGUUUUUAUUUUGCUCUGUCAUUUUACUAAAACUUACACAAACAUCCGAAGAGCAAGAGUUGAUAAAUGUUACGCGAAAUAUUUCAGAAACAAGUGAUAAGCGACAAAAUUUAAAAUGUUCUAAAAAAAAAAAUUAUAAAAUUUAUUGAUGGAAGUAGAAAGAAUAGUUCAGAUAAAAAUAUGAGUUGAGCAUAAGCACAACCUUUUGUAAAUGUGUUCUCUUGCGCAAGUAGCUAACCUAUGCGUACAAAUUUUCGUAUAUUGCUUUUCACAAAUUUUUCGCAACAAGAAAUUUUACACACGCUUGUUCUUCAAAAGUUUUUUUUUUCAUUUUUUUGCUUUAAUAUUAAUUUUACCAUUAGGCU